AUGAAUAUUGAAACAGAAACGAAGGCUAGGUCUACGAGAUCUUCUGCCUCCAUUGAUAAUCAGAUCCCUCCUACGUUUGAAUUUGAUUUUUCACAUGAGAUUGAUCCUGAUAGAGGAUUGCAAUGUUUGUCUCGUGGUUUGCAAAGAAACUCUUCAUCUCCUAAUGAUACUAGCAUACAAAAUACCAGAACGUCUAUUUCCAAGAUGGUUUUAAAGAUUGAAGAUAAUGUUAUAACUAAAAAAAAUGAUGCUGACAAAAUAGUGACAGUGGAUUCACUUCCGGAUACUCUUUAUUAUGCAUUUCAUAAAAAAAUGUUACGACAAGAAAAUCGAAUGAUUGAAUCGGAUAUUAAUGAAAGUUAUGAGACGGCAGAACAUUUGGAACAAUUGUAUAAUAAAUUAGAAAUUGUAACAUGGCCUACAGCUUUAGCUAAGAUGACUAAGAUUAAUGAUCCAACUGAUAUGGGUGAAUUAAAUGAAAAGAGACAAAUGACGAUGGAUAAGAUCAUGAAUAUGUUAGAUAAAUAUAAUUUAAUGAAUGAACAUGCAUCCAUAUUACAAAAACAUAAAUCUAAAUUUAAAAUUAACCCAUUGAUUGAUUAUUCAAAAAUAUACAGAACUGUUGAUCAUUUACUUUUAGACAAUUAUGAAAGUUCUUCAGAUGAAGAUGAGGAAGAGCUUACAACUGAACAAAUACGAGCUCAUAGACUUAAAAAGAGGACAAAAACUUGUGGUGGAGUUAUCACAAUAGGUUUAAAAACAAGAGAAUUAAGAGAGCAAUUCGCAAUAAUAGCACAACCUUUGAAGACACCUUAUGUUAUUAAAUUAACAACAAAGGAGAGAGACCAAUUAUCUGCUAAUCAACCCUUAAGAAGAGUUUUUAAAUAUUCCAGGACUUUAAAAAAUAGUUUGGCGAAAUUAAAACAUCGUGAAGCAAUUCCAGUGACUAUGACAGUUAAUGAAAAAAAAAGAAAAUCAUUGAUUAAUCAAUAUAAUAUUGAAAAUGGUAUUGAAGAUAUUGUUACAGAAAUAGAUCCACCAUUACACCACAUUAUACAUACACCAUCAACUUCAGAAACUAAUUCAAGGAUAAAUGAAACGUUCAAUACAGUGCGUACCUCAACUACACAACAGGUACAAUAUAUUCAGUUGGAAGAUCAAAUAAAACCAGGACCUAUAUUUUCAAGUCAACAACAACCACAAGCAGUUCGGGUUUCACAACAGGUCCUACCUGUUCUAAAAAAUCCUUCCAAAGUUAAACCCCAACCUGAAACAUCUCAUAACCAAUUACAAAUUAAAGUUCAUAACCAACAAGUAUUGACCGGAAAUAAACCUGGGUUGUCAAAAUUGCAGGAACAACUUAAAACCCAAUUUUAUUCGUCGAAAACUAAUGGAAUAGAUGAUAAACAAAUUUUAAACCAACAGCAUAUAAACUCGUUCCAACACCAACCUUAUUUACAUGUAUGUAAUGGAAGUUCGAUUUUGAAUAAGUCACACUCAACCAAUAUAACGCCUUCUAUAAGAGGUAUUCCAGGGAAACAGCAACCAAAUAUCUUAAUUCCACAUAAAAAAGUGAAGAUCCAGAAGCCUUAG